AUGAGAGCAGUUCGAUUUCACGGAAGGGAGGACAUCAGGAUUGACGAAGUUGAAGAGCCAAUCUGCGGAAAUGGUCAAGUCAAGAUCCGACCUGCAUUUGUGGGCAUAUGUGGAAGUGAUAUACACGAAUACCUGGCUGGCCCUCUGGCAGUCCCUGUCACCCCACAUGCAGUCACAGGGGAAAAACUGCCGACCACGCUGGGCCACGAGUUUAGCGGCACAAUCGAGGAGAUUGGAACCGGUGUUACAGGGUUGAAAGUCGGUGAUCGAGUAGCCGUCAAACCUAACCUCUCAGACGGGACAUGUUCGAGGUGCUCGAUAGGAAGGUUCAAUUCGUGCGAGAAUUUAGGUUUUAUCGGGUAUAGUGGUAAGGCAGGAGGCCUGUCGGACCAUGUAGUCGUGGACACGAAACAUGCAAUCCCGCUACCAGACUCCAUCCCCCUCGACAUCGGCGCAUUGGUGGAACCUCUCUCUGUAGCAUGGCACGCUGUCAGCCGCAGUCCUCUGCAGGAACACGAUACGGUGCUCGUAGUCGGAACCGGGCCAAUCGGGCUUGCUAUUAUCCAAGUAAUACGAGCCAAGGGUAUCAGCAAUAUCAUUGCAGUUGAGGUCUCGGAGAAACGACGAGAGUUUGCUCUUACCCUGGGUGCGACAGAGGUCCUUAAUCCGCUUGAAGUGGAUGCUGUCGCACGGGUGCGUUCUAUUACUGGGGGUGCUGGUGGUGCUGCUAUUGCUUUUGAGUGUUCUGGAGUACAGGCUGGGCUUGAUACUGCCAUGAAGGGUCUCCGGGUACGCGGCACAACGGUUAUUGUCUCCCUGUGGGAGCACAAGCCGGUUAUUGAUGCUUUUGCUAUUGUGCUUGAUGAGAAGCACGUCACAGGGGCUGCUGUUUUCGAUGACGGUGAUUUUGAGGCUGUGAUUGAUGCUAUUGCUUCGGGUAAAAUCCAGCCGCGCCCCAUGAUUACUAGUAAGAUCCCAAUGGAGGACGUCACCGAGAAGGGAUUCAAGGCUCUCAUCGGCGAGAGAGAUAAGCACGUCAAGAUUCUGGUUGACAUCUCUGCAUGA